AUUAAUAUGAAAAAAAACAUAAAGUGCACUUGCGUCGACACAACUCUCUCAGAUUCCAUUACCACCAAAACAUUCAGAACAAAUACAAAAUAUCUUCAUUCAUUUAAAAAAAAAUUCACAUUCUUCUGAUCAUUUCGUCUUCUUCAAUCGCUAAUCUGUUGUAAAGAACUUGGUUUAGCUGUGUAUUGUUGGUGAUUUAGUUGUAUAGUUUGAUAAUUUUUAAUUUAGAUUCUUGUAGAAAUGAUGAACAGCAGGAGCUGUAUCUGUGUCUCUGCAAUUAAACCCUGUUGUAGAUUUCUCAUUAGUUUCAAAAGCUCGUCUCUUUUCGGAUUUUCUCCUCUGAGGUCGAGCAAGUUGAUCAAUUCGUCGAAACUACAGUAUAGGAAGAUUGAUACCAGAAGUAUUAGAUCUGGUGUUCAUUGCCGUCUGAUUGGUUUGGAUCGGAAUGCUUUUUAUGAUUCCGAUUCCAUUAUCUGGGGAAGAGGAGGAUCUAGAUAUAGUAUAGGACGAGGAAGAGGGAGGGGUGUUUUAGUAAUUCCCCGUGUAGCUUCCGACUUUAGGAACCAGUCGAGUUCUUCUUUAGGUUCUCAUGUAAAUAAAGAUAAGAGCUUUGAGAGUAUCUUUGUGAAGCCACUUGUUUUCAAGGAGUUACCGAAAAAGGAAAGUAGUGAUGAAGAUGCUAAAUUUGGAAAUGUGAGUGUUAAAGAAGAGGUUUUGAGUCAGAGUGAGGUUGAGAGAGAGGCGUGGAAGCUGCUUCGUGAUGCGGUGGUGAAUUACUGCGGGUUUCCUGUGGGGACUGUGGCGGCUAAAGAUCCGGGGGAUAAGCAGACGUUGAAUUAUGAUCAGGUGUUUAUUCGUGACUUUGUUCCUUCGGCUUAUGCCUUCUUGCUUGAUGGAGAAGGGGAGAUUGUUAGGAACUUUCUACUUCAGACAUUGCAGUUGCAGAGCUGGGAGAAAACAGUGGACUGUCACAGCCCUGGCCCAGGGCUAAUGCCAGCGAGUUUUAAAGUGAAAUCUGUGCCACUUGAAGGCAAUGAUGGCUCGUUUGAGGAGUGUUUAGAUGCAGACUUUGGUGAAUCAGCUAUCGGACGUGUUAGCCCUGUUGACUCUGGCUUGUGGUGGAUCAUAUUGCUUAGAGCUUAUGGAAAGCUCACUGGUGAUUACACUUUGCAAGAGAGAAUCGAUGUUCAAACAGGGAUCAAGUUGAUCCUCAAGCUAUGUCUAGCUGACGGUUUUGACAUGUUCCCUACUCUUCUUGUGACUGAUGGAUCAUGCAUGAUUGAUAGAAGAAUGGGCAUUCAUGGUCAUCCACUUGAAAUCCAAGCAUUAUUCUACUCAGCUCUCCGCUGUGCUAGAGAGAUGCUUAACGUAAACGAUGAAACCAAGAACUUAGUUGCUGCAGUCAACAGUCGCCUAAGUGCAUUAUCCUUCCACAUCAGAGAGUACUAUUGGGUCGACAUCAAGAAGAUAAACGAGAUUUAUCGUUACAACACUGAGGAGUAUUCAGCAGAUGCAACCAACAAGUUCAACAUAUAUCCAGAACAGAUCCCUUCUUGGCUUGUGGACUGGAUUCCCAACAGAGGCGGUUACUUCAUAGGCAAUCUCCAGCCUGCUCAUAUGGAUUUCAGAUUCUUUACACUUGGAAAUCUCUGGGCUGUUAUCUCCUCUCUUGGUGACCAAGAACAGAACGAAGGAGUCAUGACGUUGAUUGAAGAGAAAUGGGAUGAUCUUGUUGCUAACAUGCCUCUCAAGAUCUGUUUUCCUGCUCUAGAGCAAGAGGAGUGGAGGAUCAUCACUGGCUCUGAUCCAAAGAACACGCCUUGGUCAUAUCAUAACGGUGGAUCCUGGCCAACUCUCCUCUGGCAGUUCACGUUGGCUUGUAUCAAGAUGGGGAAGCUAGACUUGGCGAAGAAAGCAGUGGCUGUAGCAGAGAAGAGACUCAAGGAAGACCAGUGGCCUGAGUAUUAUGACACGAGAAGCGGGAGGUUCGUGGGGAAACAAUCAAGGCUUUACCAGACGUGGACUAUUGCAGGUUUCUUGGCUUCUAAGAAACUCAUAGAACAACCUGAGAAAGCCUCGCUCCUGUUCUGGCAAGAGGACUAUCAGCUGCUCGAGACUUGUGUUUGUGGUCUCAACAAAAGCAGUGGAAAGAAGAAGAACAAGUGUUCGCGUUUCACACCACCAAGAUCUUAGUUCCCUGAAACAUAACUUGACUCUUUUGUCUUAAAAACACUUCUUUCAACAUGUGUGUUCAUGACUCAUUAACCAGUUUCUUUACCUUUGAUUCACAUUCAGAAGUUAGAUACGUGUACAUGUCCUUUCAUACACUAUGUAAAUUAUAAAAUACAUCUCCGAAAAAGAAAAUUUAGUUAAUGUAAUGGGCUAGUUGCAUUGAGUAAUUAAAUAAUUAGAAACACUAGGCUAUGUCGG